AUGGCGAAUAUGCGUUCAGGAACCCGAAGCGUUGACGUUGGAGUUGCUCGCCAGAGUGACCGAUCGAAUGCCCGACGCGAAGAGGUUGGACGUACUCGAACGAACCCGUCACCAAGUGACGCAUCUCAAUCCCAUGCAAGUGCCUCAGGUGAGGUCCCCUCCUCGACCCCGUUGUUCACACCGCUCGUACCACCGAAGAUCACCAGCACCUCGCACGCUGCAUUGGUUCAGUGGCGAAAGGACCGCCGAAACUACGAGGAGACAGCUCGAUCUCGUGCAAAAGAUGGAGCGAACGACGUAAUCGUCCCGGUGAAGGCGACGUUCGACCAGGGUUUACUUCGACUGUGGUGCCGAUUGAGAUGGCACAUUUCGAUGGAUGAAGUCACCGAUGGCCACAUCAUGGCGGAGGUCGACAAAAUCUUCGCAAGUGUGAAGAAUAACAAUGUACCGGACAUUGACUACGAAAUGCGAAGUAAACUACACAUGGACUUAAAAGAGACGGACGUCAGUGAGAGAGUAAUUCGAUACUUCAAGACUUGUCAUGAUAUCAUCGAUGACAAUGGCUGGCGUGUCUUUUUCGACGAUAACACUGGAAAAAAGGAACUGUACCGCAUCCUCGUCGUUUCAUUAGAGCCACAGGCGCUCCGUGAAGAUGUAGAGCGGAGCAUCCGUUUUCAAGCUCGAAAGGCUAAAGAAGACGAAGUCGUCCUGCACGAUUUGAUUUUGGAGAAGGCUUUAGAGCACGAAAAGGUGUUCCAAAGGCACAGGCGUGAAAAGCGCGAACUGGCCAACGCACGGUGA